GUUCGCUGUUUCCUUGGUAACCACAUUACGUUCGCUGCUGACGGUGUAGGCUAACGAAAACAUGGACAUACAGGGUCUGAAGAUCUGGAGCUGUGGAGACAACAUCGUAGAAAUGGUUGAUAUGGACGAUGAGAACUUCGCUACUUCCAGUUCUUCAGCUGCAGAUACUGCUUUUGAUGCUGUUAUCGGCUGCAUAGAGGAUAUCAUCAUGGAGGACCAGUUCCAGCAGCUACAGAGAAGCUUCAUGGAGAAACAUUACCAGGAGUUUGAGGACUCAGAGGAGAACAAGCUCAGCUACACGCCCAUCUUUAAUGAAUAUGUUGACCUGCUGGAGAAAUAUCUGGAGCAGCAGCUGAUGGAGAAGAUCCCUGGCUUCAACAUGAACUCGUUCAUAGAGCUGCUCAUGCAACACAAGGAGGAAGUACCAGGUGACAUCUUUGACAUGCUGCUGACGUUUACUGACUUCAUGGCCUUCAAGGAGAUGUUUCUGGAUUACAGAGCGGAGAAGGAGGGUCAAGGUCCAGACUUGAGUGAAGGACUGCUGGUCACGUCUCUGAUAUCUUCAGGCUCCAAAGGGGACAGCUCUAAACCACAGUGACACUGUCGUUAAUGGCCUCAUCACCCAUGUGUUUUUAUAAGAUUGUGUUUUAGGAGUUAAUUAUUUUGUUUUUUAUUUCUUUUGCUCUGAUGUUUAACUGUCAGAUACAAACAACAUAAAUCUUCCAGCUAUGAUCAAAUGGCCUCAGACAGAAGAUUAAAAAAUGUGUCCUGUGGGUUUUGUUUAAUGCUUACAAUGGUGUGAGUGUUUGAGAGCCUCUUUGAAUCCUUGAAUGUUAGGCUUCUUACUUUACACCCACACCUGUGGACCACAUGACUACUUGAGAUAUCAAACCUGCAUGUGGAGAUGAGAAGCCCAAUCCUGAGUUCAAAAACUUUGUCUUAUUAAACAAAUCUUUUAUUAUUUUGGCUUGGUUUAGACAGGCUGCACACUAGAGGAUUAUACAAUAUAAACCCAGUUUAAAACAUGGGGGACCACAGGCUUUAGGGCCGCUUAAACUAAUUUUGUCUUCGCAAUACUCCUAAUGAUACACUAGGUGAUUCAGCUAGACCAGAUUUUACAGAAACUUGUGUUGUGAAAUAUAAAGGGUGAUCAUCGACAUCAGCUGGCUGUCCUAGCGUCCUAGCAGGUAGAUUUAGUUGCUCUGCAUUUGCUGCCAUGCUUGUGAGCUUUUAGUGUAUGUAGUAUCCACAUUGUGACACUUCCUGGUUUGCUAACUCUGAUUUGCUAUUGCAGGUAUUCCUUUGGGGGCAUCCUGAUCUUGAAUUAUUAACAUCAUAUGUUUGAUAUUUAUGAUUUCAGAUCUGGAAGGUUCUGACUUGAUCUUUAGAGCAGCAAAAUAAUCAUAUAGAACGAGAAACUUGGGGAUUAUUUGGCUAAAGAAUUGGCCUCAAAUUGGCCCAUGCAUCCUCAGUCAUUGUGGAGGUAAACUGGGCCCAAAAUAAGGGCUAGAAUUGGAUGUAACAUGUCUAGUGUGCAGCCAGCCUAAGGGAGCAGAAACCUUAAAAAGUGUGGUGCUGGUACUGAACGUGUAUUUGUGUUUUUUACUUCGUCCUGUAAGUUCAUUUGUGAAAAGCGAAUCUCCCUUUAAGCAAAGGAAACAGAAAGUAGCACAACGAAUCUUUAUUAUGAAUGUUUGAAACUAUUUGUUCUCCUUAAGAACUCAUCGGAUUGAGUUUUGUGCCUGUGAAUUAUUUUAAAUGUAAAUAUUGAUUGUGUUUCUGUGUAUGCUUACAAUUAGAAACAAGAUAACUGUUAUAGCACAAUGUCAGUGUUUUUUUAUGUGGCAACUGUAGCUGUCAGCAUGUAUUUAUGUCACUGGUAAAAGAAUGUAUUAACAUUUGUUAGUAAAAGAUAUUUUCAAAUAAAAAGCUAAAGCCUUAA